CAGCAUGCUCUGCCCACCCCCUGCUGAGGUACACUGACCAUGAGCCUCAACUCCUCCCUCGGCCACAGGAAGGAGCUGAGUAACCUCACCGAGGAGGCCAGUGACCAAGGGGGCGGCGGCGUCACAGAGUUCAUCGCCAUCGUCAUCAUCACCGUUUUUGUCUGCCUGGGCAACCUGGUCAUCGUGAUCACCUUGUACAGGAAGUCCUAUCUCCUUACCCUCAGCAACAAGUUUGUCUUCAGCCUGACCCUAUCCAACUUCCUGCUGUCUGUACUGGUGCUGCCUUUCGUGGUGACCAGCUCCAUUCGGAAGGAAUGGAUCUUCGGUGUGGUCUGGUGCAAUUUCUCAGCCCUCCUCUACCUGCUCAUCAGCUCAGCCAGCAUGCUCACCCUUGGGAUCAUCGCUGUCGACCGCUACUAUGCUGUCCUGUAUCCCAUGGCGUACCCGAUGAAGAUCACAGGCAACCGGGCUGUGAUGGUGCUUGCCUACAUCUGGCUUCACUCCCUCAUCGGCUGCCUGCCACCUCUGUUUGGCUGGUCAUCGGUGGAGUUUGACGAGUUCAAGUGGAUGUGUGUGGCCGCGUGGCACCGGGAGCCUGGCUAUACCGCGUUCUGGCAGAUCUGGUGUGCCCUGCUCCCCUUCUUGGUCAUGUUGGUGUGCUAUGGCUUCAUCUUCCGAGUGGCCAGGAUCAAAGCACGCAAGGUACACUGUGGCGCUGUGGUCACUGUGGAGGUGGGCGUGCAGAGGACUGGGAGGAAGAACUCCAGCACCUCUACCUCCUCCUCGGGCAGCAGGAAGAGCACCUUGCAGGGCGUGGUCUAUUCAGCCAACCAGUGCAAAGCCCUCGUCACCAUCCUGGUGGUCAUCGGUGCCUUCAUGGUCACCUGGGGCCCCUACAUGGUUGUCAUCACCUCUGAGGCCCUCUGGGGGAAGAACUGUGUCUCCCCAACCCUGGAGACCUGGGCCACUUGGCUGUCCUUUACCAGCGCCAUCUGCCACCCUCUGAUCUAUGGACUCUGGAACAAGACGGUGCGCAAGGAACUCCUGGGCAUGUGCUUUGGGGAUCGGUAUUACCGGGAACCAUUUGUACAGCGGCAGAGGACGUCUAGGCUCUUCAGCAUUUCCAAUAGGAUCACAGACCUGGGCCUGUCCCCACACCUCACGGCCCUCAUGGCAGGCGAGCAACCCCUGGGGAACAGCAGCAGCACCGGGGACACUGGCUUCAGCUGCUCUCAGGACUCAGGAACAGAUGUCAUGCUGCUUGAAGACUACACAUCGGAUGACAACCCUCUCUCCCAUGGCACGUGCCCACCCAAGAGGAGGAGCUCAGUGACAUUUGAAGAUGAAGUGGAACAAAUCAAAGAAGCUGCCAAGAACCCUAUUCUUCACGUGAAAGCUGAUGUGCACAAGUCCUUGGACAGUUACGCAACCAGCUUGGCCAAAGCCAUAGAGGCUGAAGCCAAAAUCAACUUAUUUGGGGAGGAGGCUUUGCCUGGGGUCUUGCUUACAGCUCGGACUGUCCCUGGAAUUGGCUUUGGGGGCCGCCGCGGCAGCAGAACUCUCGCAGGUCAGAGGCUGCAGCUUCAGAGCAUUGAAGAGGGGGAUGUUUUAGCUGCAGAGCAGAGAUGA